UAAUUAUAGAAAAAUCAAAACUAAAACUUAAACAAAGAAACAACAUAGAAGAAAGAUUUUAGUGAAAAACAGAUGCAAACUGAGCACUAUAUUUAACAUGGACUUUAUUGGUACAAGCGACAGAAUAAUAUGUGCAGUUCGUGAAGGAAACCUAGAAAGAGCAAGGGAGUUACUUACUUAUCUUGGACUAUCUUAUUCACAAGCAUGGUCAGAAGGAUAUGAUUUACUUUGUGAUGCUAUUGAGAAUAAGCAUACAGAAGUUAUUAAACUACUUUAAACAAACGGUUGUAAUGUUAACAGAGACACUGACGAAUCUUAUAAUACUUCACUUCAUUUUGGUGUUAUAAAUGGUGCCAGAAAUUGUUCAGAUGCUUCUAGACAGACGUGCUAACAUUAAUACUGAAGAUCAGUUUGGCAGAACUCCACUUCACAAUGCGAUUGAAAAUAAGGAAAUAGAAAUUGCUGAAUUACUUUUAAAUUAUGGAGCUACCGUUAAUGCCAGUGACAGUUUAGGUGUUACACCACUGUGUCUCGCUGUUCGACAAAGACAUGUAGAUUGUGUUAAGAUGCUGUUGGACAGAGGUGCUAACGUUAAUACUCAAACACAGUGGUCUGGCACAACUCCGCUUCAUGAUGCAAUGGAUAAUAAGGAAAUAGAAAUUGCUGAACUACUAUUAAAUCAUGGAGCUAACGUUAACGCUUGUGACAAUAACGGUGUUACACCACUAUAUUUUGCUAUUCAAAGAGAACUUGUAGAUGGUGUUAAGAUGCUGUUGGACAGAGGUGCUAACGUUAAUCAUCAAAAUCAGUGGUCUAGCACAACUCCGCUUCACUAUGCAAUGGAAAAUAAGCAAAUAGAAAUUGCUGAAUUACUAUUAAAUCAUGGAGCUAACAUUAAUGCUAGUGAUAAGUCAGGUGUUACACCACUGUGUCUCGCUGUUCAAAUAAGACAUGUAAGUGUUGUACAGAUGCUUUUGGACAGAGGUGCUAACGUUAAUACUGAAACUCGGGAUGGCACAACUCCGCUUCAUGAUGCGUUUAAAUAUGAGGAAAUAGAAAUUGCUGAAUUACUUUUAAAUCAUGGAGCUAACGUUAAUGCCAGUGACAGUUUAGGUGUUACACCACUGUGUCUCGCUGUUCGCCAAAGACAUGUAGAUGGUGUUAAGAUGCUGUUGGACAGAAGUGCUAACGUUAAUACUGAAACUCAGGAUGGCACAACUCCGCUUCAUAAUGCGUUUAAAUAUGCGGAAAUGGAAAUUGCUGAAUUACUAUUAAAUCAUGGAGCUAACAUUAAUGCUAGUGAUAAGUCAGGUAUUUCACUACUGUGUCUUGCCGUUCAAAAAGGACAUGUAAAUGUAGUUAAGAUGUUUCUUGACAGAGGUGCUAACGUUAAUGCCGAAAUUCCGGGGUCUGGCAGAACUCCGCUUCACUAUGCGAUUGAAUAUGAGAAAAUGGAAAUUGCUGAAUUACUUUUAAAUCAUGGAGCUAACGUUAAUAAUAACUCAGAUGUUACACCACUACAUCUUGCUGUUAAAAAAGGACAUGAACAAUUUGUUAAGAUGCUUCUUGACAGAGGUGCUAACGUUAAUGCUAAAUCUUGGGAUGGCACAACUAUGCUUCACGACGCGAUGAAAAAUAAGGAAAUAGAAAUUACUGAAUUACUUUUAAAUCAUGGAGCUAACGUUAACGCCCGUAACAAUAACGGUCUUACACCACUAUAUUUUGCUAUUCAAAGAAACCAUGUAGAUGGUGUUAAGAUGCUGUUGGACAGAGGUGCUAACGUUAAUCAUCAAAAUCAGUGGUCUAGCACAACUCCGCUUCACGACGCGAUGGAAAAAAAGGAAAUAGAAAUUGCUGAAUUACUAUUAAAUCAUGGAGCUAACAUUAAUGCUAGUGAUAAGUCAGGUGUUACACCACUGUGUGUCGCUAUUCAAAUAAGACAUGUAAGUGGUGUACAGAUGCUUUUGGACAGAGGUGCUAACGUUAAUGCUGAAACUCGGGAUCGCACAACUCUGCUUCACAAUGCAAUUGUAAAUAAGGAAAUAGAAAUUGCUGAAUUACUUUUAAAUCAUGGAGCUAACGUUAAUGCCAGUGAUAAGUCAGGUGUUACACCACUGUUUCUCGCUGUUCAAAUAAGACAUGUAAAUGGUAUUCAGAUGCUUUUGGACAGAGGUGCUAACGUUAAUACCAGUGAUAAGUCAGGUGAUACACCACUGUGGUUUGCUGUUUACCAAAAACAUGUAGAUACUGUUAAGAUGCUGUUAGACAGAGGUGCUAACAUUAAUACUAUAUCAUAUAAAAAUUAUCGUCGCUUUUAUAACCGCUACUAUUGUAAAGAAAUUGCUGAGAUUCUUGAACAGCAUAUAGUUAAGAUGGAAACUGCAAAUUUAUACGUAAGUGAACACUUAUCAAUGAGUCGCAAUUACAAAAUGAAGGAUUUUCAGGAUAAAUGUGAAAAAGAAGUAGCAAUCAUGAAGAAUGAAAAAAUUAGUAAUACUAACAUAUCAUUUUACGAUAUCUUGAUAAAAGAUACAAAUCUAGUAGCAAUAUACAUGAGAAAUGAAAAUGUAGUGCAGGUUUUAAGAUCAGACGAGUAUAAAACAAAAUUUCCAAUAUACUCUAGCAUGAUAAAAAAUCAGUUCAGAAAAGGUAUGGAAAAGAAAGAGUUGUUCGAACAAGGCACUAAAAGUUUCUAUUUUUUCUGUAAUUGUCCUGAGCUACCACGUGAGUGUAUUGAUCAAAUAUUUAGUUACCUAAGUGAUACUGACAUAAGAAUUUUAAUAGAUACUUGGAAGUCUGUUAGUGUCAGUAAUUUUAAUACUGAUAUUAAUGAUGAUAGAAAUUACUUCAAAUACAUCUAAAGUGCUAUGUGUGUAAGUUAAGGAAGAACGAAC